AUGUUCGGUGGUGGCGAAGAGUACUUCCGAGAUCCGCCAUCGAUUGACCGCGAUACGCUUCGUCGGUUUGCGCUUUUCUGUGCCAGACUUAGGGCGGUUGAGAAACCGGGAAAGAAGACAGUGAGUGAGUGCACACAGCUUGCUCGCGAAGUUGGUAAUAAUGAAAUGGCAUUUGAACUCGUGGUUGGGACCCUCUUUCGGCACAUCAAGUCAUGGACAGGGAGCAAACAGCUAACCUGUUGGUACGUGCUGGACAAGCUUUGCAAAGAAGACCGUGACAAGUACGGCUACACGGCAAGUAAGUACAUUCUUGAUAUAGGCCGGGAUUACAUCCCUUAUGAGGACCCUUUGCUUGGUCCCAAGUACGAAAGCCUCGUAGAGCACUGGGAGGGUGUGUUCCCACGGCAUGUUGUGGAUGCGAUAUGGCUGGCGAAGAAGGACCGUCUUUGGGCCUUGGCUCAUCCAGAGGAGGUUCUGAAGCAGAAGGAGGAGGAAGAGAGGCAGUGGAAAGAGGAGGAGUUGGCUCUAGAGGAUGAAGACGGACUGAACGAUCACGGACAGCCGUGCAUGGACUAUCUCCAGGGCCGUUGCUUCUGGGGGGAUGACUGCAAGUUGUACCACCCGCCGGGUGAGGAAGGGACGCUCCCCCCAGAAUGUCGCCUGGGAGACUGGAAAUGCUCGUCAUGUGGUGCUAUCAACCGGCAUUUUCAGCGCCGAUGCUCAAACUGCGUUAGGGAGAAGCCGCAGUACAAAAAGGGCCGAAAGAGCACUACGGAGGAAGAUGCACUAUCGAAACCAGACCCGUCUGCCCUUGCAGCGGUUCAACGCCAGUUCGGCUACGACCCCAACAUUGCUGCAGAGGCGGUAGCCCACUGGAACACUCGCUGGGAGAGUACUCCCUUUGAGGUUUACAAAGAUGAAAGGCGAGCGGCGUACCGGGUCCGCAUCCUCGGAAAACCCCCGGCUUCCGAGCUGGAGGAACGGAUACGGAUGCAGAAGAACUAUCCCAAUGUUGACAUUGGGCCUCCAGAAGAAACUUUGGAUAUGGGCUCCAUGCAAAGCAAUUUGCCAGCCGAAUCAUUAAUACCCGAGCACAUGGACCCGGUGAAUGCUGUGGCUUUCCUCGCUCAAACAAUCGUUGAGCGCGGUGUAUGUGACCCCAAGGCACCACAGAUACUGGCUGAACUUGCACUGUGUGUAAAGCAGGUUGCAACAACUAGUGGAACCAAGUUGUCGGGCUCACCGCGGGAGACGCUGUUAACUGCUUGCACGAUUAUGUUCUCGGCCUGGGAAGUGGACCGCGUUGCGGUACCAUUUGUUCCGCCCUUUUUCAGAGAGAUCCGUGGCACUGAGGCGUCAUUAGGAUUAUCACCAGAGCAGGAGGGUAAUCUCGUGUCUAUGACAAAAGAGUUUUGA